CGCCCCUUCCCCUUGGUUUGCUCGAGGGACGUCCCGGCGGGGAGGGCCGGGCAAUCCCAGAGUGCGAGCAGUGCAUUGUGGGCGGCGUAGUUGUUCCCUCUCCUGCAGCCGCCUCUGCCUCUUCUUCCUCCUCCUCCUCGGCCGGGCUCCGGGAUGCUGCGGGCGGUUCUCCUCGCGCUGGCGGCGCAGGCGGUCGCGGGCGGCAAGUACUCGCGGGCGGCCAACGAGGCGGCGAAGGAGGAGCCCCCCCCCGCGGAGUUCCGCCUGGUCAGGCUCAACCAAGUGUGGGCGAAGGCGCAGAGGCUUCACCUCUCUGCUGUUAAACUGGCAGAGCUCCACAGUGACCUAAAAAUUCAAGAAAAGGAUGAGUUGAGCUGGAAAAAACUGAAGGCUGAAGGGCUGGAUGAAGAUGGAGAAAAAGAAGCCAAGCUCAGACGCAACCUAAAUGUAAUUAUGGCUAAAUAUGGAAUGAACGGAAAGAAAGAUGCUCAGCUGGGAGACACAAAUUACAUCAAAGAUGGCCUGGAAAACGAUCUACUUGAUGAUCCCAGGUUGGAGAAGCUGUGGAAUAAGGCCAAAACGUCAGGGAAGUUCACUGAUGAAGAGCUGGAUAAGCUGUGGAGGGAGUUCAGGCACCACAAAGAGAAAGUCCAUGAAUACAAUAUUCUGCUAGAGACUGUGAGUCGAACAGAAGACACCCAUAAAAAUAUGAUCACCCCGUUGGAAGAAGAGAUCCCCCUCAAGCAGGAGCUGCUCCACAACAAGCACUCGGAGCUCAAGGAGAAGCUGCACAGCAUCAAUCAGGGCUUUGAGCGGCUGCGCAGAGUUACUCAUCAGGGCUACGACUCCAGCAGUGAAUUUGAGGAGCCCCGAGUGAUUGAUUUGUGGGAUCUGGCUAAAUCGACCAAUUUUACAGAGAAAGAACUUGAAUCCCUUCGGGAAGAACUGAAACACUUUGAAGCAAAGGUUGAAAAGCAUCAUCAUUACCAGAAACAGCUUGAGAUCUCGCACCAGAAGCUGAAGCACGUAGAAGGAACUGGAGAUGAGGAGCACCUGACCAGCAACAAAGAGAAAUACGCAGUGCUUGAAGAAAAGACUAAAGAGCUGGGCUACAAGGUCAAGAAACACCUGCAAGACUUAUCCAGCAGAAUUUCUAGAGGUCUUCAACACAAUGAACUGUGAAAGUUUCUUGUCAUACUAGGAUCUUUGUAUGUUGAUCAAAAUGCAAUUUGAAAUAUAUUCUGAGAUUGAUAUAAUUACUUAAAAUUCUGAUGCAAAUAGUCUUUGGUACAGAGAUCUUCUCCCACAGUGUCUCUGGAAUUUCUCCUCACCCCUCUUGUUCCUCUCUCAUAUCAGUGGAUCUGUUAACAAUGUGAAGAAUGUCUUGUCCUGCAGGCCUAAAAACUGUACAACAACAGAAGCCUUUGAAACGAGAGGUGAUGCCAAGCAAAGGGGAACAUUGAGAGAAAUAAUUUAACUGCUAGGAAAUGUAUUUCUGGGGAGGGGGGGCAAAAGGAGGCGCUGAAAGUUUUUAGAUUGCAGCGUUAAUUGCUCUUUUGAAUGAAGAGUCAAAAUGGGGCCAUGCCAUGAUGCUGACUCCUGAACCUGGAACGAGAGUCUCUGCAGGUCUUGGUGACAGUUUGCUCCUUCUGCAAGGACCAAGUGUUUUGUGUUAAGCGUGUGAUGCUACAGACAGGAGGGCCCCUGGGGGGGUACUGGCCAAAUUAGCAGGCUCCUCCCUGCUCUUCAUUCCCAUGGGUUGGAGGGGGAGUCUUGCUGCUGUCGCUGCCACCUUUACCUCCCCCACUGGAGCCACUUCCGUGUCAUCUCCCCCAAAGGGCUCCUGCUGCUCCCUCCAGUCGCUGCUAGAGGCAUACGACAGGCACUUUCCACCUGGGGCUGGGUUGACUCCUUGGGAAAACUGGUCCAGCGGAAGAGUGGCUAACUGCGUGGUGGUCUUUCCUGAGGGCAUCUGGGAGCAAGAAGAGGGGCUGUCAGGAAGGGGGUCUGUGUGGGACUGUAAGAAGACCAGUGUUGCAUGGCCAGGUACAACAGCACUGAGUGACUUGUGCACUUUUCGUUUAAUUCCAUUUCUCUGUUACGUUUUAUGAAAUAAAUGGUAAAAAUAA